AUGCGAUGCGUCAGUCUUGUUUUGAUAUUCUUAGUGACUGCUAUGGCGACUGCGUCAGAUGAUUCAGAGAAGCGAUAUUACGAUGUUGCUGAUGCACUGAAGGAAUUCGAAAAGUUUAAAGCUACUUACAAAAGGGAAUAUAAAGAUGAAGCUGAUAAACAAGUACAUUUUGAAGCCGGAGGAGAUGAAAUCGAUGCGUGGAUGGCGCCAUUAACAAAAUUCAAUUAG